UUCAGGUCACCUCAUGGCCAGUUUCCAGUCUAUCGCUCGUCGUAUUUCCCACAUUUCACUAAUGGCUCCUGUUCGCACCUCCUUCGUUCCUCGCCUGCCGACUGUCAUGAUGCUCCUGGCCCUCUUCAUAUCUCUCCUCGCCCGUACUUCCGUCGCUACCAAGCUGGUCUACACGCUAGGAGGCCAGGGUUGGGCCGAUAUCGUGGUGGCCAAGGAUGGCAGCGGCGACUUCACCACAGUUCAGGCCGCAAUUGACGCUGUACGGCCUGGCACGCCGUCCCGCUGGAGUGUGAUUUACAUACAGGGAGGAGUUUACUGGGAGCGCGUCGUGAUGAACGAGUCGCUGCACCACGUCGUGCUGGUGGGGGCCAACGGCCGCAAGGGAGAACGUGCAAAGAUCACGUUCGCUAAAGCCAUGCCUUCAGGGGGGGGCUUGGACGAGAGCGCGACGUUUCGUCUGCUGGCGUCCGACGUGGUGGUGUGGAAUGUCGUCUUCGAAAAUGCCUACGGACCCGGUGAUAUCGGAGGGCGGGCGGAGCAGGCACUGGCCAUCCAAGUGGAGGGCACGCGCGUCGCCUUCUUCCAGUGCACGUUCCUCGGAUACCAGGAUACCCUGUAUGCGGCCAACGGUCUGCAGUACUACCGCGGCUGCUCGAUCUUCGGCCGCAUGGACUUCGUAUUCGGCAACGCCAAGGCGGUGUUCGACCAGUGCCGCUUCCGCCUCGUGUACUGGGGCGGCGCGUACUUCGCGCAGGCCAGGGACCGCGGCGAGGACACCGGCUUCGUCGUCUGGGGCGGCUCGCUCUCCCCGUACGGAAAGGGGCCCAUUCGCCCCGGCUUCCUCGCGCGCGCAUGGGGGGCGUACUCCACAGUGGUGUUCGUGAAGACGUAUUUUGAUGUGGGCUCUGUUCGAGAGGAGGGUUGGAGCUAUGUGGGUGGUUACAGUAACACACAGAACGUUAUUUUUGGCGCAUACAAGUGUUUCGGUCCCGGUUACAACUCGAGCGUGUGGGAGCACAACGGCAGGGAGAUGAGCGCGGCGGAGGCGGCGCCGUACAUGUCGUCGGACUAUGUGAACAAGGACAAGUGGAUCCCGCUCAACCCGCUCGACCUCAUGAAGGGCGCCGGCAGCGGCGCCGUGGGUGGCGUGGGGGCAGCACGCGAUUCCAAGUCGCCUGUGGAGUCCAUCGGCGCACGCGGACAGAGGCGAGCUCGGGGGAGCGGGGCAGCGGGGGGAGGCAAGAGCGGGGGGUCAUCCAGUGGGCAGUCCCCUUCGCCCUCGCCUCGUGGCAGCUCCGGUGGCAAGGGCACGACCCAUCGCUCUCCAAAGUCUGGGUCGGGGUCCGGAGCUACACGCGGGACGGAGCAGGGGCGAAGAAACAGCAGCAGCGUAGGUGGCUCUGUGAAGGGCGGGAAAGGAAGCAGCAGCACAAGCAAGAGCAGCAGUGGGCAGGCAAGUGGGAAUGGCAGCAAAAGCAGCAGCAAGAGCAGCAGCGGGAGCAGGGGUGGGGGCAGUGGGAGUGCAAGCAAUGGAUCUUCAAAGAGAAAAGGGGGCAGUGGAAAGGCCGCUGCAUCCACGUGAGCAACGCUUUGGUGGACUUUCCACGGAAUGCCGGGGGAGAGAACGGAGCAUGGCACAGACACAUUCUUGGUAGCAAGGGUAAUAAAACUAUGCGAGUCUGGGAUGGGACUCGCAAGUCAGGAUGAAUCGUAUCUCGCUAGGUCAUAUUUUGGCGCCAUGUUCAACCCUCUAAAUGAAAUGGAACUAGCUUCCUAGUUAAUUGUCCUAUCCAUAGUGCCCAGCGUAUAUGUAUAACUGGCGCAAGGCUGGCUAUCAGGGGAGCCCUUGUGCUUGCUGUUGUGG